AUGACACUCGGUAACUUUGAAAAAUUACGAAGUGUCAUACGUUUCAAUGACAAUAUAAAUUACAAACCUAGAGGAGAGCCAGGACACAACAGACUUUUCCGUAUUAGACCCUUGUUGGAAACAUUGAGAAAGAAAUGUCAAGCUGUGCCGAAACGAGAGACACUUUCGGUGGAUGAGCAAAUGUGCGCUACCAAAGCCUGCAAGUUCCUCCGCCAGUAUCUCCCGAACAAACCUCAUAAGUGGGGAUACAAUUUGUUGGUGUUGUGUGAUGAUAAAGGUUUUGCUUAUGACUUUGAAAUCUACUCCGGCGCAGAAAAUGAUCCUGAGUUGAGGCUGCCCCACGAAUGUGAUUUAGGAGCGAGUAGCAACAUUGUUGUACGCCUAUGUCGCAGUGUUCCAAGAAAUCAAAAUUAUAAGAUCUUUUUUCGAUAA